UCAAUAUGGCGCAUGUUGAUAUGGUAAAUUGACAGCUGUGUUUUGUCUUUGUACUUAAUGUACAACAUUGUUAUGUUUUUUAAAUCUCCAACUCGUUAAAAGAUAAAUUUAAAAAUGACUAAACCAUUCGGCAAUAGUGACAAACGUUUCUCAAUUGACGAUGCCUUUGAAGAGGAAACUGAUGAAGCUAUAAAAGUAUACGGUGCAACGGGCGAUAGGUCUCCUUUGCAGAAUAAAUUUAAGAAUGGAGGAGAUUUUCUGUCUACCAAAACUUAUAAAUGUACAGAAGAUACAACAUCACGAGACUCAGAUUCACUUAUUCACGAAUAUGUAGAAGCCACACAAUCACUCUACUGCUGGAAUCAUCCUAAAGUGAGAGAAAAUUGGAAAACCGUCUGUGCAGCUGUCAUACUCCUGCUUGUUGGAGUUGGACUCCUUGGCAUGGGCGCGUUUGCUGUUGCCGAACCCGAAAAUGGUCUACAGGGUGCCGUCUUCUUUGUAGCUGGUAUGAUAUGCUUUGUGCCUGGAGCAUAUCAUGUUGUCUACAUAUGGCUCGCUGCUCGAGGACAAAGAGGUUACGAUUUUUACCACCUACCUUUGUUUACUUGAAUCAUUUUAUGUGCAUAAGAAUCCUUUUUCUUAAGUUAAAGAUUAAGCUUAGGAAAAUUUAAUUGAUGAAAUAGUGGACUAAUUUGCUCUCUAAAUUUCAACUGCCUAAAAUUUAUAUGAUUCUUAAAAAUUGUUAUAACUUCCAACCACUUAUAUUUACUUGAAAGGUCUGUGCAUACAUUUUCAAAAAGAAAGUGUUUUUAAAAUAAAUGACCUUGCUAAACUUAAAAACUUUGGGAUACAAAUAGUAUUACAGUUAUAUAAAAAGGCAAAAUAAUCUCUUAACAUAGUAAUAAACAUAUUAUUUAGUAUAGUGAUUUAAACUCAAAAAGUUCUUUAAUGAAUACCAUUUUGAAAUGUCAAUAAUCAUGAAAAAAAAUAUAUGUAUAUAUAUAUUAAUUAUGUUUCAAAACUAUCAAGUGCCUAGUUGUAUAAGUAGAUAUAAUUUAAAUGAAUAAAUUAAUCAUACUAAUCUUAAAAAGUGAUAAGUUUUGUUGAUUUGGGUUUUUUUUUCUGAAUUCAUGCAAAAACUUUUUACUUAAACAGUAUGAAGAUCUAGUAUGUUUAAAUAUUGCAUAUACUGUAAUGAAAUAACUAUGCUGUAAAAACUGUAACAGAUGAAUCAAACAUUAGUAUUUAAAUUACUAAAAUGAUAAUGGUUUACAUAAUAUUUUAAUUUCUUCCAAAAAAAUAAUGUUAUAUGUUGUACUUUUGCAAUUAAAAUCAGUAGUUUCAAAUGCAAUAGAUAUAAUAUUUGCCCUUAUCUGAUAUUUAAAACAAUAGCAUGGGGUAAAAGCCUAUACUUUCCUGGCAUAGGGAACACAGUGAUCAUGAAGGCGGUUCCCCCAGAGCGAGGCUUGUCCAUUGUACUGCUGACGGGUUGACCUCUGUGAUUGUCCCUAAUUCGGAAAACUCGGGGUAAAAACUUAACUUAUCUGUGAGAAGUUUGUUUGAACAGGUAUUAUUGAAAUAAAAUUGUUUUAGGCAACUGGCAUAAUAACUUAUAAUACAUUAGGCAUAUUUUUUAUCUGUACAAAUCAUUCAAUAUUUAACAAUAGUUUUUAUUUAUUAAGUUUUGUGUCAUCAUUUAGAAAAAGCAUAAAAAAAGUUUAUUGAUCUCUUCUAUUAUUAUUUUAAUUUUAAGUAAGUUUAAGGUAUAUUUAUCGAUGAUGGAAACAAUCAAUUUUUUAUUUUUUCAAGUGGUAAAUUUAAUAAUUGACCAUGAGUUUAAUUAACUAAAAUUGCGGCAUUUAUCAGAGUAAUUAUUUCGUUUCAUAGAGAAGCCAAGUGUAAUUUAUCAUUUGUAAACAUUAUCAACACUUAUUGAAUGAAAUAAAUCCAAUAUAUAGAUUAGAAUGAAUAUUAUUUUAUAUAAUUAUAAUGUUAAAUUAAAUUAGAAUAAUAAAUUUAAUGUGAAUUUAAAACAUAAUUAUUAAUGCUUUUUUUUAAGUUUUUAAUUGUACGAGAAAAAGUCAUAAAAUCUGAAAAAAAAAAUGUAUUUAAAAUUAUGUUUUGUAAGAAUCUGAUAAUUUAAUGAAACAUUUUAGAAAUACAAUAUAUGUACAUAUUAAUGAAAUGAUAAAUAAAACAAUGGUAAUUAUAAAUUAUAAUUAGACAAAAUAAUAGAUAACAUUCAUGGUUUGUAAACAUUUGUGCAACUUCAUUCUACUUUUAAAUAAGUGUUUCGGUAAUUACAGACUUAAUUAACUUAGAUUGAUCAUGGCGUUGACUAUAGAAGAAUGAUUUGUACUUAUUGCAUUACCAACAGGCAUAAUAUAGGCAGAUUGACUGCCUCAUUGGUCUAAUGGCUACAUGUAAGGCCGCAGAUCUGGAGGUCCUGGGUUCAAAGCCCAGUUUGUGCCAAUAAAAAGCUAUUGAGUUUUUCCGUCGAAAAUUCUCAGUAGCUGCCCGGAAGUUGGUUGUCAUCCUCGAAAAUCCAUUGCUCCUGUGCUUACACUCAUUCUGGUCGUGUCGGAUUGCCAUCCCGACGGAUUAUAAGAGUUAGGCUGUAGGGAGUGCACCUGUAUUUCUGCACACGCUUGUGCACUAUAAUAUGUUCUGCGCAGUUGGCUAAUCUCUCUUGUGAUUAACCGACGUGGCCAAAACCGGUCUGGAGGACAUUAUAUAGAGAGGUGGGAGGUAAAAAAUUAUUGUUUCAACAGCUUAUACAUGCAUUAAAAAAAAUAAUACUGAAAAUAUUUUAACCUUUAAGAAAAUUACUUAAUUAUAUUUUAUGAUGUAGGCAUAUUAAUUUUGAUGAGUGCGAAAAAAAAAACAUUUGAAAAAAAUUAAGUAUGAGUUACUGUAAUGCAUUCUCUAUGAUUUGUACAAAAACUGUUAAAUUAAUUUAUAUUUCCCUCUGCUGUUUUAAUGUUAACCAAUGAAUUUAUUAAUAAUAAAAAAAAUAAGUUUGAAAUUGAAACUUAAUUUUUACAAUGUUUUGCACUAACAGAAGUAGAAAAUAUUAUAAUCAAACUGAAACUAAAAAUGAACUAACAAUAGAAUUAUUCUUAUACAAAUUUGAGUGAAUUUAUUUUGAAAUUUUCUUGUUUAUUAAAUUUUAGUAAUUUUUUUAAUCAAAUAUUAUUUAGACAAUUUAAAAUGAGUGUCGUCUUAAUAAGAUUUAUAUAAAAGGCAAACAAAGAACUAUAAAAUCUGUCGAAUAGAUGGAAUAAAGAAGUCUUAAUCUAUACAAAAUGUAAUCUGUACUAAAAUAUAUAAAAACCUGAAAUAAUAAUUACAUUAUUCUAACAUUUAUUUAAAUUAUAUGUAAAACUUUUAAUUUGUAACAGUAGUUUUCCUAAGUCAUUAAAUAAGUUUUGUUUGUACCUAAUACCCAACAGUUACAGUACCCAGUUACCCAAACUCAUCCGUUUUUGUGACUGAUUUAGUAUAGCAUAUCCAUAUUAUUUCUCAAUUGUUAACAUUUUGUUCCUUGAUCUUUCAUGUCUAAUUUGAUACUAGGUAAUGUUUGUAUUAUUUAGUUGAAAUUGUAAAUAUUAAUAUAAUAAAAUAUGAAAACCU